AUGGAGGGCGACAUGGUAACUUCUGUCACUGAGCUAUACAAGCAGAAGGACUGGAAAGCCAUAGUGGAAGGUUACCGGGAACACCCCGAACGAAAUAAGUUACUGUGGGUAUUCCCCACGGAAGAGAAUUUUGAGUUUAUAACUAAGUGUAUGGAGGAACUGAAGUGCAAUGAUAUUUUGAGCGUUGGAUGCGGUAGCGGCCUCCUUGAAUGGAUUAUCACUGAAGCUACAGGUUACCCUGUAUCAGGCCUAGAAGUAGAUGGAGCAUGGUGGCAAUGCAGAUACGCUCCCCCUACAUUUAUACCACUGAAAUUCACUGCACCAGACUUGGACAAAGACACAACCACUUUAUUAAAAGAUAGCGACACUACUGCCUUACUCUUCUGUUACUUUAAUAAUGGCCCAGCUUUCAAACGGUAUUUACAAUAUUAUUCCGGGAAAAUGAUGAUUAUAAUCGGUCCGGGUUAUGAGAAAGGGGUGCAUACAGACCCUACGCCAUUCGGAGACGUGCCCGAAGCGUGGACCCUAUAUGGUUGGCAAGAAGUCGCGUGCACUAAGGAUUUUAUAGCUGUAUACUGUCGUAAUAUAAGCUAG